GCUUCUUAUACAUCAACUUCGAUAUACAACAAAAAGGAAUCAAACUUCAAUUCUUCAACCAGAGAGAAAAAAAAAGAGGAGAGAAAUCAAAGAUUUCUAGGGUUUUUUCUCUGCAAUCACUAAAAAUGGCAGGAUCAGUAAAAUCAAUCAGCAGUCCGGUUCCAGUUACUUUGUUUCCAACUUUAGCUGCUCUUUUGCUUACAAUUGGUCUUAUUCUUACUGCUUCAUUCUUCAUAUAUGAAGCUACCUCAUCUAGGAAAACUCGCAGUGUAGCAAAGGAGCUGAUAACCGGGACAGUUGCAUCUGUUUUCCUGGGUUUUGGAUCAUUGUUCCUUCUACUAGCUUCUGGUGUUUAUGUUUGAUAACGCCACAAGUGCAAGAGCAUUUAAUAUUUCUGGCUUCUGCUCACAUUUGUAGUUGUCAACAGAUCUGUAGAGCCCAACUCGCAGUAUUUUACACAAUUUUAGCAAUACAAUGAGAAUUUGAAAUGGUAUUCUAGCUAGCCGUGUCUUUUCUUCUA